AUGGCGAGUCGCGGUGGCCCAUCUAGACGCGUUCCUGAAAAUGAAGAUGCCAUUACAUACGUUCAGUGUGAUGGACUGGCGGUGAUGAAAAUAGUGAAACACUGUCAUGAAGAAUCAUGCAGUAAUAUGGAAGUGGCUCAGGGAGCCCUACUCGGGCUUGUGGUGGAAAAUCGAUUGGAGAUCACCAACUGCUUUCCGUUCCCCAAACACGAUGAUACGAUGGAUGAGGAGGAGUAUCAGCUCGACAUGAUGCGUAGACUACGUAGAGUCAACGUUGAUCACUUCCAUGUUGGAUGGUACCAGAGUGCGGAUGUUGGUAACUUCUUGAGUGAAUCACUGUUAGAGUCCCAGUAUCACUAUCAGACAUCCAUUGAAGAAAGUGUUGUUGUUAUUUACGACACUAAGAAGUCCGCUAGAGGCUUCUUGACUUUGAAGGCUUAUCGUCUUACUCCUCAGGCGAUUGCCAUGUACAAAGAGAAGGACUACACACCAGAAGCCUUGCGUAACCUUAAGAUAGGUUAUGAGAACCUGUUCAUUGAGGUUCCUAUAGUGAUCAGGAAUUCACCGCUCACUAACAUUAUGAUGUCGGAGAUCUCUGAAAUGAUCCCUGAAGAAGAAGGGUCCAAGUUCCUUGAUUUAGGAACUGCUUCUGUGCUUGAAGGACAACUCCGAAGUCUUAUGGAGCGUGUGGACGAACUGAACCAGGAAGCAAUUAAGUUCAACCGUUACCAAUUAUCAGUGGUCCGUCAACAGCAAGAGAAGCAUCGUUGGCUGCUAAAACGAGCUCAGGAGAAUGCUGCUCGAGCUGCAAAGGAUGAAGCUCCUCUACCCGAAGAAGAUGUAAACAAGCUGUUCAAACCCUUGCCUGUACCACCGAGAAUGGUUCCAAUGAUAGUUGCCGGCCAAAUAAACACAUACAGCCAACAUAUCAGCCAAUUCUGCUCUCAAAGCCUGGCCAAACUGUAUCUGACACAAGCAUUACAGAACGCUAAGGACACCAAGCAGAAUAACUAG